UAUUGAUAGUCGUUGUUGAUUGGUGGACUUAUGACUUGUUGAGUCAUUCUUGUUAGGAAGACCAACAUUAUCAGUAAAUUAGCAUGAAGUACGCACAUUGUUGAAUUUAUUAUUGUUGUUCGACUAGAACAAAUGAAUUCAAUUAUCUUUUAUCAUUUGUUGGCACAUUAUAUUAUUUAAUGCAGUUAUCAGACAGAAGUGAAACAGUUGUAAAGAUAAACUUUUAUGAGUUUAUUGAUCAGCAGGAAACUUUAUAAAAGCAGAUGUUUAAGUAAAAGUAUAGCUGAAUUAUCAUCUGUUUUUAUUUAUUUAUUACAUUUUCAUGAUUCGUUUUUCCGACUAAGAGGAGGUCUGGGAUCUUGUGUGAGGCGGAGUCAGCAGCUUAUAACAGACCCCAGUCUGCACAUCUGAUCUAAGUGUGUUCAGAUCGGGACUCUGUUGAGACCAGCACAGUUUGUGGCAGAUCUCCGUAAGAUCACCAUGACGUCUUUCAUCCUCUUUCUCUGGAUCCUUUCGGCGGCCCCGGUGCUCUCGGUCCGGGUCUUAGCUGGCCCGGGCUGUGCCUCUUGUGACCCGUCUCAGUGUGCUUCUCUCCCGGUGGAGGGCUGUCCUUCCGGCUCUCUUCUGGACUCAUGCGCCUGCUGCUCGGUGUGCGCCGCCUCGGAAGGGCAGACGUGCGGCGGCCGCCGCGCGGAUGCCCGCCGCUGCGGCGCCGGGAUGGAGUGCGUAAAGGGCGACGCGCACAAGAAGAACAAACUUGGUGUGUGCGUGUGUAAAAGCAACUACGAGGUCUGCGGCACUGACGGAGUGACCCACAGCAGCGGCUGCGCACUGAAAAGCGCAAGCCUGACCGCCGAGAAGGAGGGCAAAGAACCAAUCAGCGUGCAGAACAAGGGCCGCUGUUCCACAGCCCCAGUCAUCGUCACUGCUCCAGCUGAGGUCUACAACGUGAGCGGCUCUCAGGUGUAUCUGAGCUGUGAGGCGAUGGGGGUGCCCACACCUGUCCUCACCUGGAAGAGGGUCCUCAGUGGAAAGAAGAGGAUGGAGCUUCUUCCUGGAGACAGAGACAAUCUGGCGAUUCAAACCAGGGGAGGACCAGAGAAACAUGAAGUGACCGGCUGGGUGCUGAUUUCCCCUUUGACCGAAGAAGAGGAAGGAUUGUACGAGUGUCACGCAACCAACGCCAAAGGAGAAGCCUCAGCUAUUGGAGCCAUUCACUUGGUCGAGUCCAGUAAUGACAUCGUCAAGAAAGUGACUCAGGAAGAUGAGCUGUGAUAAGCUGAUCACCAAUCAGUGAAGAUGAUGUGGUUCCUGGAUCACAGGAACGAGAUGAUUUUUGACAAAGUGCUAGUGAGGUUAUAUGAUUCUUCCUCUUUGUGUCUUACUUUUUAUGUAGUUCAUAAAUAACUGAAUCAUUUGAUUUUUAAGUCUUCAUUUGGGUUGAUUUAGUUUAAUGAUUUAAUUACAGCCACUUAAAUGAUAGUCCAAACAGCAGUUAUUUAAAAUUAUGACAAUACUUUAUUUCUGCAUUCAUAGUCGUACUUUUUCUAUUUUAACAGUUUGUAUUUUUGAAAUCAUUUUCAGGUUUUUAACAUACACAGAUAUUAAUCUGAUCAGAGCCAGAUAUUUAUCGUUGUUGACCAUAGCAACUGUAGCAACUCAGAUCACCCUAGGAAUAAUACUGAUGCAAAUUAAAUUAAAUAAAAAGUUUCAUAAAGAGAUCUGUUCUCAGAUCAUAUAAAAGUUCAAAUUUCUUCUCCUCACAAGUCUUAUCUUUUCUCUCUCUGAGCUUCAAAUUUGGUUGAUAAAAACACUUUUUGUCUUCAAUGAUUUGUAUCAUUCCUUGUGUGACAGAUCUAUAAUCAAUAUUUCAUGUUUCAAUUCUGAAUAAACCGACGACUUCACGUUUCCACAUUUUUCAGAUAUUUCUGUAGAAUGUGAAUUUGUAAAUGAACUGAAGAACAAAACAAACAAUUUGUAUUAAAUAUUACAAAUAAAAAACUGCCUUAAUUAA